AUGCAUUGCAAGUUGCCCCUAGUGAAAGUGUGCAUUGCACGGGAGGAGGAGGCAGCCUUUGAUCCGGAGCUUCCGAAUACGGCGGAUCAGGGCGUGUCGGGUACGUUGGCCGGGUCGGUGAAAUUGUGAGAAAACGAGACGUGCCUGCCACUCUCUCUCUCCUCCGCUGGCCGACCUGCCCCCUCCCUCCCUCCCUCUGCUGCUGUAGCUGAGCCCUACGGGCACCUCUCCGUUCAGGAGCAAAGCCAAAAACAUCAUCCCCCUCGCCAAGAAAGAAGGCAGACGAAGGCAAACCCUAGCCAACGCGUACGCCUCGCCCCCCGCGCCUCCUCCCCCAGAUCCGGCCGAUCCGUCGUUGCCAUGGCGCUGCGAGCUCUCGCCGGCAAGCUGAGGGUCCUCCCUUCACGAGCGGCGGCCUCUCGCUCCUUCGCCUCCCAGAUGGAGAAGAAAUGCAGCAAGUGUGCUCUUGAAGAGCAGGCUGGAUCCUUCUCUCAAUGGUUGGAUGAAAGGAAGAGGCGUGAUAUGGAAGAGCUUGCAAGGUUCAGAAGGAAGAGCUACGUGCACAAUGUGCUAGUUCUUGCUGGUAGUGUUGGCUUUGUGGCAUUCACGUUGUCAUGCGUUGCUGAUGUUAUAGCAGAUGAAAUGAACUAGGGAGAAGGGGAGGGGAGCACGGCGGCAGCAAAUGCUCCAUGGUUGGUUCUUUUGGCACCUAUCAAUUACACAAUAUAAACCACCUUCCAAUCAAUUACAAGAGACACAGUAACAAAGAUGAGGUGAUAUAACACAUGUGACUCUAACUUGCUUUUAUUUUGUGAAGCUAACUUGUGAAUUUGAUGCAUGUCAAACUAACCACAGGAAAGUGAAACAAAGGAAAAUUGUUUCAAAAUGUGAAACAAACUUGUAAGUAACACAGGAGAAAAUGACACACAAAAUGCCCCAAGUAGCAUGUCAAACAUAAAGGGCAAAAAUUAUAACCUAGCACACCAGCCACAAAACUUCAAAAAUGCUACUGCACCACAGCUCUAGCAAAAGUGCCUUACCAUACACAUCUACUGCACCUAACCAUGAAGAAACGAAAAAUCAUCAUCAUUCUGAGUUCUGGCCCUGCAGAAGAAAACAGGCAGAAUUCUACAAGGACUGAAACUCCAGGCCAGAGAACAUCAGCAGGCAACAAAUUUCAACUCCAGAAUUUUCUUACAAGCAGAAGAGUAUUCACCAUAUCACAUAGUGGCAGAAGAAUUAAAGUUCAAAGUUCCACCUGACUUGCACAGAACUACCGACGAUUAAAUUCAGCUGCUCAUUUCUCUCAGUUUUCUUGAACAAAGCAUCUCAAUCACUAAGACAAAAGAACUCGAGCAAUGUUGUCACGAGCACCAAAUCAGAAUGCCUUUCAUCCAGACAGGCUCUGCUUGUUUCACUUCCACGCCUCCUUCCACCACCUUGGCAACUCCGAGGCUUGCACUGACGCUCUUGCCAAUGGAGCGCACCUUCCUCCACCCUGUGUUUUCAUCACAAACAUCACCGGCGAGGCAAUCAAGUGACCAAUAUAACCAACCCCAAUGCUAUAAAUACUGUGCAUGAUCUCCUUCGUCUUCUGGUCACCCGAUAUCGCGUGAACCUUAUCGCGAGCUUUCUCUACGGCGAACUCGAUGCCGUACAGAAAGCCCACGUACGGCCCCUAUAGCGAUGAGCUCCAGGAAAACGAUAGCCACGAUUACUAUGGUUUGGUCUCGACGAUGGAUUCUGGUGUUAUCCAUCUGGAUGGCACUGCAACGGCAAAACGAAACGGGUUACUGUUAUUGAUCGGCUCCAUUCCUUACAUCAGAGAAAUACAGUUUGAAAAGGAUCUGGUCAGUUAAAUCUGGAUCAUCAUCUAAUCAUGUGCUCCUAUGCAUUCAUCUAACCAGGAAUUGUCUCUUUUGUGCUCUAACCGAGGCUCAAGCAAUUCCAGAGUAGCUGAAUAACCUCUAUAUAGUUUUGAUUGAAAAUAAUAUCUAUGACUAGGAGCAAGCAAGUAUCACACAUGGUUUAUUCCAGUCUUCACUGCUUAUAUCACAAAGAGGAUGAACCACUAUUUGCAUUGAGAAAAACUGAAUGCACCAGCAAGUCACCAAGUAUUACGUACCUCUGGUGUUGGAGAAUUUCCUCCACUCCUUUGAGGACAUUCUUCUCAGUCUCCUUGAUGAUCCUGAGAAUAUGUUGUUCGGGGUUACCAGCAUCCUCACGAACGUCGCCGAGCGGCUGGUUCUUCGGGUCCUCGCCGGCGGCGGCUUCCGGCUUCUUGGUGCCCUUGGCGGCCUCCUCCAUUUUGUCGCCUCCGUUGCCAGGCGGCUGCUUCUCGGGGAUCUCGCCGGCGGCAGGGUCGUCGCCGGAGAGGUCGGUCUUCUUGAGGUCCUCGCUGCCGCCGCCGCCGCCGCCGGCGGCGGCCGGCUUCUUGGACAUGUCGCGAGGAGGCUGCUUCUUCGACAUGUCGCCGGCGAGGACCUACCGCUGGUACGUAAUACUUGGUGACUUGCUGGUGCAUUCAGUUUUUCUCCAUGCAAAUAGUGGUUCAUCCUCUUUGUGAUAUAAGCAGUGAAGACUGGAAUAAACCCUGUGUGAUACUUGCUUGCUCCUAGUCAUAGAUAUUAUUUUCAAUCAAAACUAUAUAGAGGUUAUUCAGCUACUCUGGAAUUGCUUGAGCCUCGGUUAGAGCACAAAAGAGACAAUUCCUAGUUAGAUGAAUGCAUAGGAGCACAUGAUUAGAUGAUGAUCCAGAUUUAACUGACCAGAUCCUUUUCAAACUGUAUUUCUCUGAUGUAAGGAAUGGAGCCGAUCAAUAACAGUAACCCGUUUCGUUUUGCCGUUGCAGUGCCAUCCAGAUGGAUAACACCAGAAUCCAUCGUCGAGACCAAACCAUAGUAAUCGUGGCUAUCGUUUUCCUGGAGCUCAUCGCUAUAGGGGCCGUACGUGGGCUUUCUGUACGGCAUCGAGUUCGCCGUAGAGAAAGCUCGCGAUAAGGUUCACGCGAUGUCGGGUGACCAGAAGACGAAGGAGAUCAUGCACAGUAUUUAUAGCAUUGGGGUUGGUUAUAUUGGUCACUUGAUUGCCUCGCCGGUGAUGUUUGUGAUGAAAACACAGGGUGGAGGAAGGUGCGCUCCAUUGGCAAGAGCGUCAGUGCAAGCCUCGGAGUUGCCAAGGUGGUGGAAGGAGGCGUGGAAGUGAAACAAGCAGAGCCUGUCUGGAUGAAAGGCAUUCUGAUUUGGUGCCCGUGACAACAUUGCUCGAGUUCUUUUGUCUUAGUGAUUAAGAUGCUUUGUUCAAGAAAACUGAGAGAAAUGAGCAGCUGAAUUUAAUCGUCGGUAGUUCUGUGCAAGUCAGGUGGAACUUUGAACUUUAAUUCUUCUGCCACUAUGUGAUAUGGUGAAUACUCUUCUGCUUGUAAGAAAAUUCUGGAGUUGAAAUUUGUUGCCUGCUGAUGUUCUCUGGCCUGGAGUUUCAGUCCUUGUGGAAUUCUGCCUGUUUUCUUAUGCAGGGCCAGAACUCAGAAUGAUGAUGAUUUUUCGUUUCUUCAUGGUUAGGUGCAGUAGAUGUGUAUGGUAAGGCACUUUUGCUAGAGCUGUGGUGCAGUAGCAUUUUUGAAGUUUUGUGGCUCGUGUGCUAGGUUAUAAUUUUUGCCCUUUAUGUUUGACAUGCUACUUGGGGCAUUUUGUGUGCCAUUUUCUCCUGUGUUACUUACAAUUUUGUUUCACAUUUUGAAACAAUUUUCCUUUGUUUCACUUUCCUGUGGUUAGUUUGACAUGCAUCAAAUUCACAAGUUAGCUUCACAAAAUAAAAGCAAGUUAGAGUCACAUGUGUUAUAUCACCUCAUCUUUGUUACUGUGUCUCUUGUAAUUGAUUGGAAGGUGGUUUAUAUUGUGUACUAAAGAGGGCUGAAGAGUUUUUGACAGAUUGGACUGGUAGCUUCCCCAGGGUCAGAAAAAAGAAUGUGACUCACUGACUGUAGGGGAAUGCCAUGGAAGUGUAGAUGUGAUGUUUCUUCUCAAUUGUAUAUGCCAUUGGAUUGAUGUUUGGAAAUUUUACGUGUAGUAUGUCUAAGAUAAGUCCUUUUAUGUACUGGUUCCGUGAACCUAUAAAAAUGCUUCAGCUAGUUCUUGAGCAUUAGUUGUGGUAGUGUGGAAGAGCAAAGCACGGUUCAGAUUUA